AUGCAUAAAUGUCCUCCUCCGCCAUCAAGAACCAAACCCUUUUCCAGAGAAGUUGCAGCAACUUAUACUCCUUUCAAAGCUGUGCUUGUCAUGCUCUUAUCUACUCCUCUGAAUUCUUGGCGAGCCCCUAACCUUUUUGCUUUCGGUGCAAAAGCAAAAGGUUCUGGUCCAGAAAAACCACCUGCCUUUCCACGAAAUCGCUCCAGCCUCCUGCCAGUGAAGUGUGACAGCUGCAAGGCGCACGUACAUUUUACUCAGCAGCAGGCAGGGCUUCUGGUUCCAGCCGAGCACCCAGAGACCAGGCGCCCCCAGGGGCGGCCUGGAGGCGGGAGGCGGGGAGGGAGCGCGCCCCCAGGAAGCCGCGGGCGUCAGUUGAGGCGGCGCGAGAGGCCGAGACCCCCGGGCUGGAGACCGUUGGGAGCCGCAGGCUGCGCCCCUGGCCGCCCUCUCGCCGGCUGUCCGUCCCCGGGCCUCUGCGUCCCCUUCCUGGAGAUGAAUCUCAAUCGCUCUAAUGUGGCUCCUGCGAAGGAAUCCGAGAUCGAGUCAGACAGGCUGGAGCCCAGGCGCCAAUUGGCGAGGCCGCACCCCAGGCCGGAGCCCAGGCCUUUGGGUCAAGACUCUUGGUGGGAGAGCACUGUGUGGACACGGAGUGAUCUGGAGGAGCAGAGCGAUGUGGGGGUGCAGAGUGAUCUAGAGAGGGAGAGUGAUGUGGGGGUGCGGCGUCAUCCAGGGACGCGGAGUGAUGUGGGGGUGCAGCGCCAUCUAGGGACGCGGAGUGAUGUGGGGGUGCACCGAUAUGUAGGGGCGCGGAGUGAUGUGGGGGUGCACCGUUAUCUAGGGGCGCAGAGUGAUGUGGGGUUGCAGCGCCACCUAGGGUCGCGGAGUGAUGUGAGGUUGCAGAGUAAUCUGCGUUCCGAGAGAGAUCAGAGAGCGUUGCCCCGGAUAGUAGCUGCCCCCAUGGUCGCGCAGGCGCCCCGAUCGCAGUCAGGGUCGAUCCGGGGCCGACCGUCCAAGGUGAACAGGGUUUCGGCUCCUGCAGUACCGCGCCCCGUCGCGUGGAGGCGCGCGCUCCCCGAGUCCUCCAGCCGGUUGGAAAGCGAAGAGUCUCUGCGGCCGCACCUGCUCAGCCCCAACCUGGAGGCGCGGUUGUCCAGAUUCUUCCGCGACCUGGGUUGGACGGUGGGUGAACACCCCUGGGUCUUCCUAAUGAUGCCCCUGCUGCUGACGAUCGCCCUGGGCUCGGGCCUGGUUUUGCUGUCCCAGGUUACCGAGAAAGACCUGCAGGAGCUGUACCUGCCGCUCAAUACCCGGGCCAGAGCCGAGCAGCAGUUCGUGCAAAUGCAUUUCCCCAACGAGGACGUCUGUCGCUUCUCCGCCUACAGACAGAGCAAAGAGAUCCACUUCGCCUCCAUCCUGGUGGUCGCCAAAACCGACACGGUGCUGGAUGGGGCCACUAUGUCCGAAAUCAGGCAACUAGACGACUUGGUGCAGGCUCUGUCUGUCACCCUGGAAAAUGGGACCCACGUUUCCUACCAGACCGUGUGCGCCAAAGACAUGGGCUUCUGUGAGGCCUCCAACCCGCUGCUGUUCGCUUGGCGGGUGAACAGUAACAUGGACCUGAAAAGCCUCACCUACCCCAUCCACAACCAGUCGGGCCAGCCCAUCGACCUGGCCGGCUAUUUUGGAGGAACCACCUUAGGUAAGAGGAUAGGAAUGAACAAGCUACUCCUGAAGGCCAAAGCCAUGCGGCUGAUUUAUUUCCUGAUAACUGAUGACAGAGAGUACAGUGAACACAGCAAGAAGUGGUUGGUCAAGUUCCUGGACCAAUUUGGGGAUAUUGUCAAGAGUCUGGCCUUGAAGAACAUCCAGGUGGUCUACUUCACAUCACUUUCUAGCCAACUGGAAUUUGAGGCAGCUGCUAAGGCAGUGAUUCCUUUGUUUUACUUGGUAUUCAUUCUAAUGCUAUUAUUUGUCAUCAUAUCCAGCUACAGGGUUAACUGUAUACUAAACAAGAUGUGGGUUGGAGCCUUUGGAGUGAUCUCUGUUGCCCUGGCAGUGGUGACCAGCUUUGGUCUCUUGCUGUACACUGGGGUGCCAGUCAUGCUCACAGUUGCAAAUUCACCAUUUCUAAUCCUAGGUGUUGGCGUUGAUGACAUACUUAGCAUGAUUUCUGCCUGGCAAGAGACCAGCUUUGUGUAUAACACAGGACAGCGAAUGGCCGAUGUCUAUUCAAAGGUGGCAGUGCCCAUUACAAUUAGCACCAUCACCAAUGCCCUGACACUCUAUACAGGGAUUAUGCUCCCCUUCAAGGGCAUCCAGUCCUUUUGCAUGUAUACAGGAACCUCCCUGAUCUUUUGUUAUUUUUACAACAUCACCUGCUUUGGAGCAGUUAUGGCCUUAGAUGGCAAAAGAGAAAAAGUGUGUGUACGGUGGUUGAAAAAAUCAGGAAGAAACCCUAACCAAAAAUGUGCCUCCUUAAAAAGGCUGUGGUGCCCAUUAGAUAUUGUUGACAAACAAACUAAUACUCAUCCAAUGAAUUUGUUUUUUCGAGAUUACUUCGGUCCCUUUCUCGUCAACCCUUGGUGUAAGAUCUCUGUAGUGAUUCUAUACAUUUUGUAUAUGGUCUGCAGUAUAUACGGAUGUUUUCAACUGCAGACAGGUUUAAACCUUAAAUUUCUGGCAAGUGAUGUUUCCUAUGUCACACUCUAUUUUAAUGUGGAUAAAGAGUAUUUUUCUCAUUAUGGCCCCAGGGUUAUGAUUAUUAUCACGGAAGCUAUUGCCUACUGGGAUGAAGCUACCAGGAAAAAAUUGAAAAGCUGUCUGAAGGUCUUUGAAAAGAGUGACCAUGUAGAUGAGAUUCUUACAGAGUUUUGGUUAUACAGAUAUAUAGCCUAUAUGGAAGCAAACCAACUAGAUGCUAACACUAAGAAUAAUUUUAUAAAGAAUCUUCGAGAUUUUUUUAAAGAUGCUCCAUAUUUUCAGGAUGAUAUCAACAUUACAUCAUCCCAGGAAAUUAUUUCUUCCAGAGCCUUCAUUCAGACUAUGAAUAUGUAUUCUUCCAUGGAUAAGAAACACUUGUUGACCCAGUUUCGAAGUAUAGCCCAAAGAUGUGAAAUCCCCCUAAUGGUGUAUAACCAACUGUUCGUACACUAUGAGCAGUACACUGUAAUUGCAGGCUCCACAAUUCGGUACAUCAUCAUUGCCUCUGCAAUAAUGCUCCUCCUCUCCUUGUUUUUAAUUUCUCACCCAGUGUGUACCUUUUGGGUGGCUUUUGCCAUUGUUUCUAUGGUUAUAGGAGUCAUGGGUUUCAUGGCUUUCUGGAGAGUCAGUCUUGAUUCUGUAUCCAUUAUUAGCCUUGUCAUUUGUGUUGGGUUUUCAUAUGGAUUUUCUAUAAAUGUAGCCUGUGUUUAUAUUUCCAGUUCCAAGCCCUUAGCAAACCAGAAAUCCAUUGAGACAUUGUAUUUACUAGGCUACCCCAUGUUACAAAGUGUAGUUUCAUUAAUAUUAGGUCUGUGUCUCUUAACUCUAGUUAAAGCAUGCAUCUUCAAGGUAUUUUUAAAGAGUAUGUUGCUUGUUGUGGUAUUGGGGGCUGCUCAUGGCUUAGUUUUUAUCCCAGUAUUCUUAACCUUUUUUUGAAGGUUUUUUUUUUUAAAGACAAUAAAUACACAUUAUGUAUUGAAUUAAAUGAAAUUGCAAAGGCCUUUCACUUAACAUCUCCAUUUGGUUUGGCAUAACAUUAAAGAUAAUCAGAAACAGAUAUGAUUUGAUAAUUUUUGUGUUUAUGUAAAAUAUUUGUGUAAGAACAUUAGCUCUGAAUAAAAAGGACAGUAAUGAUGAAAUA